AUGUUUUCGGCCACGAAUCCUUUGCUGUGUCUUCUUACUAGAAACGAAAGUAGGAAUGAAAAAACAACAGACCGCUCAAGGACGAUAAGCUCACUGGAUGUGAUUGUUCCAACGGCACUUCUGCUCACCAUGGAUAUCAUCAUCGCAUCAUUUGAUUCGAUAUCCGAAGUAAACAUGGACUAUACGAUUACCAUGUACUUGCAUCAGUACUGGACUGACGAACGUCUAUCAUGGAGCAGUGCAGUACCGAUCAAAGAGAUGACUCUGAGUGGAGAGUUCUCACAGAAUAUAUGGGUGCCUGACACAUUCCUCGCGAAUGACAAGCACUCUUUUCUGCACGAAGUCACCGAACGAAACAAAAUGCUACGAAUAAGUGGAGACGGUAAAAUCGCAUACGGUAUGAGGCUCACUUCAACGCUCAGCUGCUCGAUGAACUUGCGUAAUUUCCCGUUGGAUUCACAGAACUGCACUGUUGAAAUCGAAUCGUAUGGCUACACAACGUCGGAAGUGCUUAUGAAGUGGAAUUACCCGAAAGCGGUUCACGGCGUUGAAGAAGCCGAUGUUCCUCAGUUCACCAUCACCGGUUUUCAGACGGAGGACCGUGUGGUGAGCACUGCUACGGGCUCAUAUCAGCGAUUGUCACUGGUGUUUCAACUACAACGCUCUGUUGGUUACUUUAUUUUCCAAACAUAUCUGCCUUGUGUGCUGAUUGUUAUGUUAUCGUGGGUAUCGUUCUGGAUCAAUCAUGAGGCGACUAGUGCUCGUGUUGCAUUAGGCAUUACUACCGUACUAACGAUGACAACAAUCUCUACUGGGGUACGCCAGUCGUUGCCUCGCAUCAGCUAUGUGAAAAGUAUUGAUGUGUAUUUGGUUAUGUGUUUCGUUUUUGUCUUCGCUGCCCUUCUUGAAUACGCGGCGGUAAAUUACUCUUACUGGGGCCGUCGGUCACGAGGAACCGGAGAAUGGACAGCAAAUAAUGUGAAUAAAGAAGAUCGUGAAAGUGCAGUGAACAUGAAGAGCUGGGGUGUCCCAAGCAGUAUCAUAAACUGCAAGAUACAAAUUACGCUCAGUACAAGAAAUAUUAGAACUGUUUCUAUUACGGCAAAGAUGGACUCGAAGGAAGUAGUAGUUCACUCACGACGUCACAGACAGUCCAGUCCAAUACCGUCCCUGUGUCCAUCUGGAAAGAACGGUGUUGAUGACACUCCAGAAUAUCCACGAUAUAUGUCGACCAUGUUUGGCAGGUGGAGUAGACCGUCGUUCUCAGCAAGGUGGAGAGUUUUACUAGCUUUGCCUCACGUUUGUGCCUUCGCAUUGUGCUAG